AAAAGUCUCUAAUUCUGCUAAGUGCUAGCUGCUCUCUUUCAACGCUCCACACCGUACAAUUGACGGCACAGAUCAGUCUGCAGCCAAAUCCAAUCCAACGGCUACGACAGUGACCGCGUUUUUUACAGAGUGAGGGCAAAUCCAAUUCCCCAUAUUUUAUUUUUUUUAUUAAAAUUUAAAAAAAAAAAAAAACAAACAGAAAACAAAACUCAUCUCUAUCUAUCUAAAUAAACCCAUCUUCCCUUACCACCCCAGCAGCCUCCCUUUCUUCAAAACCCUUUUUUUUUCUUUUUCUCUCUCCUCCUCCUCUUCCUUAUUUCAUAAUUUGAGAAAAAUCAUAUCAUAUAACAAAAGCAAGAUAGAUUGGAAGUAAGAGGAUGCAGCAAUCCAGUGUUAACAACAACAGUGGCGGUGCCGGUGGAGGUAAUGGUGGUAAUUCAUCAUCUGAUCAAAACAGCAACAGCGGAACGAACCCGCAGUCAGGAACAGGAGCAGGAGCAGGAGCAGGAGCUGUGGCUACACCCCCACCAGCAGGUGCUGUAUGGAUGCAAUACCCGGCUGCGGCUAUGGUAAUGCAACAUCAGAUGAUGGCGGCUCCGCAGCAUUACCCACCGCCGCCACACUAUAUGGCGGCGUAUCAUCCGCAUCAUGCUGCUUAUAUGCAGCCGCCACCACCGCCGCAUCACCAUCACCACCACCAAAGAAAUAACCACCAUCAUAAUAACAAUAAUAAUCAUAAUAACAGUAACAGUAAUAGUCAUAGUAAUACUGGAAAUAAUAAUAGUGGUAGUAAUAAUAAUGGGAUUAAUAAUAAUAAUGAUGGGUCAAGUGGUGAGAAUAAGACUAUCUGGGUUGGUGAUUUGCACCAUUGGAUGGAUGAGAUUUAUUUGAGCAGCUGUUUUGCUUCUGCUGGCGAGAUAGCAUCUGUUAAGGUUAUCCGCAACAAGCAGACUGGUGCAUCAGAAGGAUACGGUUUUGUUGAAUUCUUUACUCAUGCUAUUGCCGAUAAGGUUCUGCAGAGUUACCCAGGCCUCAUGAUGCCUAACGCAGAGCAGCCUUUCCGCCUGAACUGGGCAACUUUUAGCAUGGGUGAUAAGCGUACAGACAAUGGAUCUGACCUUUCUAUCUUUGUGGGAGACUUAGCUGCAGAUGUGACUGAUACUAUGUUGCAUGAAUUAUUUGCAACUAAAUACCCCUCUGUUAAGGCUGCAAAAGUUGUCAUCGAUGCCAAUACUGGUCGGUCUAAAGGCUAUGGUUUUGUGAGAUUUGGGGAUGAUAGCGAAAGGACUCAAGCUAUGACUGACAUGAAUGGUGUCUAUUGUUCAACCAGGCCAAUGCGGAUUGGCCCUGCAACUCCUCGAAAAUCUCUUGGAUAUCAACAAGGUGGAUACGGAUCAAAUAACAAUGCUGGACAAGGCUCUCAAUCUGAAGGAGAUUCGUCAAACACAACUAUUUUUGUUGGAGGGCUUGAUCCUAGUGUCACAGAUGAGGAUCUUAGGCAACCUUUCUCCCAAUAUGGGGAGAUAGUUUCUGUUAAAAUUCCAGUAGGGAAAGGAUGUGGAUUCGUGCAAUUUGCUAACAGAGGUCAUGCUGAAGAGGCUUUGAAUAAGCUGAACGGGUCAGUGAUAGGAAAGCAAACUGUCCGUCUUUCAUGGGGCCGCAACCCUGCAAACAAACAGUCAAGAGGUGAUUAUGGAAAUCAGUGGAACGGAGGCUACUACGGAGGACACAUAUAUGAUGGUGGUUACGGAUACGUGCCACACCCUCAUGACCCAAGCAUGUAUGCUGCAGCAGCUGCAGCUUACGGAGCCUACCCUGUGUACGGCAAUCAGCAACAAGUAAGCUGAUGACAAAAACACGAAAAGAAGAAGUAGCGCGCAUGAGGAAAAGCCUCAAGAUUAUCGAUAAGCGAUACGUAUCGCACUACCUAGGCAUAUUGUUUCAUUCUUUGUAGUGUGAGCCUGUUGUGUAGAAAUAUUAAUGAACCCCUCCCCCUCCUAAUGUGGAGUGGAACUGAAUUUUGAUAACUCCCAAGGUAGUUUUUCUUACUAAGUUGCUUUUUCCUAUUAUAUUAGACAUUCAUUGAGGACAAGUUGAGAAUGAUAUGGGGAACUUGCUCCUUAGAAUAUAUGAUGCUUGCAUAUCUUUAUAUGUUUGCUGGCUACUAUACUGCUGGUCUGCUGCGAUCGAUUUCAUAUUUUAGACAUUUAUUCAGCAGGAAAAUUGCUGUUGCAAUUUUGCAAUAAUGUUAGUGUUUACAUUCUUUGGUGAUGA